AUGAUCAACGACACUGUUGCGUUCGGAGACUUGGACAUGAAUGUUUCCGAACCGCUGCUGCGUCUCUCCCUCGGCCACAAUCUCAGUUCUCUCCCAGCGCUUCGGCUCGAGCCCAAGUCUCUGGUCACUUCAGCCACCAUGUUCGCUGUUGGAGUCCUAGGAAACCUAAUCGCCAUAGUUGUGCUGUGCGUCUCCAAAAAGGAGCAGAAGGAAACCACUUUCUACACUUUGGUCUGCGGGAUGGCCAUCACGGAUCUCUUGGGGACCUGCUUCACCAGCCCGGUAGUGAUCGCCACAUAUGUGGCCAACCGCUGGCCUGGAGGAGCGCUGCUUUGCCACUUCUUCUCCUUCUCCAUGCUCUUCUUCGGCUCCGCUGGCAUGUCCAUCCUCUGUGCGAUGUCCGUGGAACGCUACAUGGCUAUAAACCACGCGUAUUUCUACUCCCAGCACGUAGACCGAACAAUGGCGAGAUUUGCGCUCCUUGUAACCUACCUGGUCAACAUCGCGCUGUGCAUCAUGCCCAGCUUUGGCUUCGGUCAGCACGUCAGACACUUUCCCGGAACUUGGUGCUUUCUGGACUGGAGGGCGAUGGAUCCUGUCGGAGCUUGUUACUCCUUUCUGUACGGCAGCGCGAUGUUGGUGCUGAUCGCGGUGACGGUUCUGUGUAACCUGGCGGUGUGUAGGUCUCUGGUCGGAAUGAACCAGAGGACCGGGAUAGUGAGGAGUGAGCUGUGUGAGCACGGCGGCUCGCGCCGCCGAUUCCCCCGUCUGCCAUCAGUCACAUCUGCAGCAGAGAUUCAAAUGUUCUGGCUCUUGAUCUUCAUGACCAUCGUGUUCCUGGUCUGCUCCAUCCCUUUAGUGGUGCGUAUCUUUGUCAAUCAGCUAUACGACCCUGCCUACAUUUCUGCUGGUGGGAAGCCUGACUACAAGAGCGACCUGAUGGCAAUCCGCUUCGCCUCAUUCAACCCGAUACUGGACCCCUGGGUGUACAUUUUAUGCAGGAAAAAUCUGCUGUUGAAGGGCUGUGAGAGGCUAAAGAGGGUAGUUGCCUGGGUAAGGGACGGUCGUGGAGACAGAAGUGACUUGGUGGAGGAUCAAUACUACUCUCCAUCUUUACACAGCAGCGACACCAGUUACGCGUCGCUGCGCACGGCUGGCUUCAGGACGGACUUGGCGCACCAGGCCCCAGUCAGGAACAAGUCUUUUACAGACUUUGUGGUGAGUCAAGCGUGGGAGUACGACACCGCUCUGGCCAACUUUCACCCGUUCAGCAUCCACUCCACUGCAAUCAUUGGCUGCGAGGAGGAAGAGGAGGCUCAUUUGAACCAGGACAUGGAGGAGAAAGCUUCUCCUGGACCCAGCAGAGCUGCGCACAUCAGAAGAGUGGACAUGGCUACGUGCACGUUCACUUCAUCAAGCUCCAGUCAGUCCGUAAAAUGCCUCUGAGGGACUUUUGCUCUAUUCUCUUUUAUAUGUUGGUACGGCUCAUUUCUCUCAAGAACAAGAACAGAUUACAGGGGAUU